AUCCACCUCGGCCCCGGGGUGUCGUCAUUGGCUGCUUAUUAGAAAAGCUACAGGACAAUGCAUACCACCGACUGCCGACUGUAAACAGAGGGGGAUAUGUGUUCACUUAGCAUGGGCUUCUGGGAGGAGCUAAGGAAGGGCGGUCUGGUGUUUUAUUGAAUAGAGCUGUGUGUAUUCGGCCGCCUGCCCUCUCCGCUGUGCUCCUGCUCAGAGAAAUCACUCCUUCCUUUCCGCCUUAGUCCCCGGGAAGAAGCUUGCUUGCAGCCUGCGAGAUCCAGACAUUAUCUGGUCUCCCUAAACCGGAAUCCACACCAUGGAUGAUUUUGAACGACGCAGGGAACUCAGAAGGCAAAAGCGAGAAGAAAUGCGCCUGGAAGCUGAAAGAAUUGCCUACCAGAGGAACGAUGAUGAUGAGGAAGAGGCUGCCCGGGAACGGCGUCGCCGAGCCCGCCAGGAAAGGCUGCGACAGAAACAGGAGGAAGACUCCUUGGGGCAGGUGACCACUGACCAGGUGGAGGUUAAUGCCCAGAACAGUGUGUCCAACGAGGAGGUCAAGACAACCAGCUCGCACACCCCGUUGGAGGGUGACGAUGAGGCCGCCUUCCAGGAACGUCUGGCCCGGCGCGAGGAGAGACGCCAGAAACGCCUGCAGGAAGCGCUGGAGCGGCAGAAGGAGCUGGACCCCACCAUCACAGAUGGGGGCAUGUCACUGCUGAGCCGUAGAGCCACCAACAGCACCGCAGAUACCGAGAGCACCGAGAAGGAAGAAAAGCGCGAAAGUCGCCAAGAGAGAUACGAGCUGGACGAAACCGGGUCCAAAUCCUACCAGAAGAAUGACUGGAGGGAGACCGAAGCCCAAAAGAAGGAAGGCAAAGAAAAGGAGGAAGAGGAGGAGGAGAAGCCAAAGCCAGGGAGCAUGGAAGACAAUCAGGUAGAAGUGUCAGUAGGAGAGAAACCGGCUGAACCCCAGGAGGAAGUGGUGGGAAUGUCCUUGAAUAACGGGCAGGUCAGUGCAGAGGAACCCAGAGCAGAGACGGGGCCAGAAAGUUCUGAUGAGGUCCCGCCCAGCUCAAAGGUGGAGGAAGAGGAGGAGGAGGAGAAGAAGGAAAGGGAGAGAGCAGAGGCAGAGAGGGUCAGGUUGGAAGCCGAAGAGAGAGAAAGAAUUCAAGCAGAACAAGAGCGAAAGUUAGCAGAGGAGAAAGCACGAUUAGAAGCAGAGGAAAAAGCAGCUGCUCAAGAAAGAGAAAAGAGGGAGGCAGAAGAGAGGAAGAGGAGGGAGGAGGAAGAGAGAAAGGCUGCAGAGGAGAGGCAAAGAGCCCAAGCCGAGGAAGCGGAGAAAGCUAAGAAAGAGGAGCAGAAACGUCAGCAGCAGCUAGAAGAGAAAAGACGUGAGAGGCAGGAGGAAAAGGUCAAUGGGGAGAAGGUAGAUGCAAAACUAGAAGGGAAGUGGGUAAAUGAAAAGAAAGCCAAAGAAGAGAAACUCCCAACAGCUGCCCCAAAGAAACAGGGAGAAGAGAAAGGGGCUAAAGUGCCAGCUAAAAGAGAACAGUCCCAGGAAGACAAGCCUUCCUACAAAAAAGAACAGGUCAAAGAUGAGAAGAUGAAAAAGGACAAAGAGCCCAAAGAAGAGGUGAAGAGUUUCUUGGAUGGGAAGAAGGGAUUUACAGAAGUCAAGUCCCAGAAUGGAGAAUUUCUGACCCACAAACUCAAACCCACGGAGAAUACUUUCAGCCGCCCCGGAGCCCGGGCCAGCGAGGUCAAGGAAGCCGAGGAAGCCGGGAAGCGGCUGGAGGAGCUUCGCCGCCGCCGCGGAGAAACCGAGAGCGAAGAGUUCGAGAAACUCAAGCAGAAGCAACAGGAGGCGGCUUUGGAGCUGGAGGAGCUAAAGAAAAAGAGGGAGGAGCGAAGGAAAGUCCUGGAGGAGGAAGAACAGAGGAGGAAGCAGGAGGAAGCCGAGCGAAAAGUCAGGGAGGAGGAGGAGAAGAGGCGGCUAAAGGAAGAGAUUGGAAGGCGACGAGCAGAAGCUGCUGAGAAGCGUCAGAAGAUGCCAGAAGAUGCCUCAUCAGAUGACAAGAAGCCAUUCAAAUGCUUCACUCCUAAAGGUUCAUCUCUCAAGAUAGAAGAGCGAGCAGAAUUUUUGAAUAAGUCUGUGCAGAAAAGCAGUGGCAUCAAAUCAACUCAUCAAGCAGCUGUCGUGUCCAAGAUUGACAGCCGACUGGAGCAGUAUACCAGUGCAAUUGAGGGGACAAAAUCUGCCAAACCUACGAAGCCAGCAGCCUCAGAUCUUCCCGUUCCUGCAGAAGGUGUCCGCAAUAUCAAGAGCAUGUGGGAGAAAGGGAAUGUGUUCUCAUCACCCUCUGCUUCCGGCACACCCAACAAGGAAACUGCCGGACUGAAGGUGGGUGUUUCCAGCCGUAUCAAUGAAUGGCUCACUAAAACCCCCGAUGGGCACAAGUCACCUGCUCCCAAACCUUCUGAUUUGAGGCCAGGAGACGUGUCUGGCAAAAGAAACCUCUGGGAAAAGCAAUCAGUGGAUAAGGUCACUUCUCCCACAAAGGUUUGAGACUCUCCAAGAAGGAACCCAAAACCCACUCAAGAUGCUGGACCAGCUCAGCUGAAGAGUGGUCAUUGGCUUUGUUUUAUAUUUAUGUUGGUUUACUAUGUUGGGUUCAUUUUCUUUUGUUUCUCAUUAUCCCAGUAAACUCAUGUAUAUUAUCACUAUAUUUAAUAAUCACAGUCUAGAGAUGUUCAUGGUAAAAGUACUGCCUUUGCACAGGAGCCUGUUUCUAGAGACACCCAUGCUGUGAAAUAGAGAUCCUUCUACUGAUCCUCGGAACUCUGGGUCUGGACGGUGAUGCCAACGACUUGGGAAGUCAAUGGAAGCAGAUUCAAGCCGAGAUUGCCUGAGGAAAUGUGUGCAGUAACCAGAAAAUGAGUCAUGGGGGUUUAUUUGAAAUACAGAAGACUUGUUAUGCCUGCACUUUAGAAUAAAGCAUGGAAGAAAUGAUCUUAUUAGGCAACUGUAACACUUUCUCUAAGUAACCCAAUUCAGCUUUGACAUACUGCAAUCAUGAUUCUUUAAAAUGUACUGCUAAGGUAUUGCUUUUUUCAUGCAGAUGAAUAUCUCAAUUGGAUUCUGAUGUUAGUGGACAGUGGUACUGAUUUCUUUAGGUUGGUUGCUUUGUGGAUUUCCUUGGUAGUGGUAGUACACAACAUUUUAGAUGGCCUGAUUAUGUAUGUAUAUGCAUACACGUAUACAAACACACUAAUGGUAGAAAGCUUUUUUGUGUGUGCUAGACUAUUGUAUUUAGCAGUAUGUCCUUGUAACUAGCCAAUAUCACAGCUUUUUAAAAAUUAAAAGUCACAAUGCUAUAUUAAUAUCUCAUCUUUGCCAACAGAGAUAUGGCAGAAUAGGUAUCAAUGUUUCAAUGUCCAAUAACCUGUAAGGGGGGGAAAAGUGGAAAUUGGAAUGGUGGAAAUGGGUUGACAUUUUCUUUAAAACAUCAUAUAUAUUUAGUUUAUAAUUAAAAGCAAUCUUGAAGUCCAGUGUGAAUCUUUCCAAGUCUACCAUCUGGCUCAGACUCAACGCUUGCUCACAACUUUAUUCUGUGCAAUUAAGUUCACCAGAGGUUAUCCUAGAAGAUGUACAAAAUCUUUUCCUUCUAUCAACUUUAAAGACAAGAAUUUUAAUGAGAAGGUUGUACAGAUUGGCAUUCCAUGUGUUGGUAUACAAAAAUCAACAUUAGCGCUAGAAGCAGAGGAAUGAGAAAAACCCAGUAUUUCAGUAUGACAGUACUUCCAGCGUUAGUAUACUGACACAUUUUUUGAAGUUUUGCCUUAUGAGGGUUAGUACUUAUCCUAAGUGGAUUACGUGUUAAACUUUUAAAACACACACAUACACAGAUACAUACAUAUAUAACUUUCACUAAUGUUAACUUUUUAGCCCCAUCUUUUUGAUUCUUCACUUUUUACACAUAUUUUUACAUCAAAUCUUAUUUUUACUUAGAAGUAUUCAUCCGUUCAUCCCAAUAAAUGAUAAAAGAGUUGGCAAUGUAUUCUAGUGUCAUGGGUAUACAUAUACUGUAAGUAAAUUAAUUUAUACCUCUACUGACUGAACCAAAAUUAUUGUCAUCUCAGUUCCUACCACAAUGAGAUAGUCCACCCCAAAGUUCUAUUUUUGAGUCUGUAUUGUUCCCUGGAAGAGCUGACCAGGGCAGGGCUGCCUAGGUAGUGAUUACUGCUCUCCAAAGACUAUUUUUUUUUGUAAAUCAAUAAGAAGUUGUUGAAGUCUAGCAUUUAGCAUACCUGGGCCAAAGGAAGGAGUCACCAAGAUGGCACAAGUCAUCCAGCUUUGACAGAGGAGACGUGAGUCUAUGAGAUGACCAAGAAUUCACUGGUAGCUGGCAUUAAUGUCCUAGCAUUAACACCCAUCACUGAGGUCUAAGGCAAGGGGACAAUGUCUUCUUGUAUUUUUGAACAAGUGCUUCUCCUGAUCACUAUUAUAUGUAUUUUCUAGAAAGUCUAAAGUUGACAAAAGAAUAUCUCGAUUCUGACUUUUAUUCCAAGGUUUGGAUGGAAUGUGUUUUAGGGUAGAAUUUUAUUCUGUUUGGAUUUAAUCCUUUGAAAACAAAAAUCCUUGUUUACAUGUAUGGUUACAAUUCUCUGUUAUCUUUAAGAAGUCAAACUGCAAGGUGACUAGCAUGUUCUGUGAAUCUGCCAUUCCUAAGGAUUUUGUAACACUUGUUAUUUUUCACUGAGAAAUGAUUGCUGCAAGAAAUAUAUAUUGUGAAAAUGCAUCCACAAUAAAUGGAAUUCCUCCAAAU